CGAUGAUCAGCACAAGUAUCACAUGUUCUGGACUUAUGACCAAAAGUGGGUCACUAUUAGAGUGCAGACAAUGAGUGACACAAACGACGACUGGUUUGCCGUCGGUUUCUCUCCCGACGGACUCAUCGGCGGCUCCGAUAUGUGUAUCCUUUGGACCGACACUACAUCUCAUUAUAAACUACAGGACAUACAUGUGGACAGCGAUGGCAUCGGUUUAGUGGACACCAGUAACGACUGUCAUCUCAUAAACGCCACAAAACUAUCCAAUGGUUUGAGUUUUGCGUUUAAACGCGCGUUCAAUACAUGCGAUCCAAUAGACUAUACAAUUGAGGAGGGUACCACAAACAUGGUGUGGUCGACGGGCAGUGGUCUACUUAUAGAUCGGAUUGAUUUUAAAGCGAAUAAAUACGGUUUUAGACCAAUUAGACUGAUGGACAUCCCGGAGCGCAUAUCGCCAGACCUGACAAAAGCUAAAACCUAUGAUUUUCUUAAUGAUAAUAUACCGGUGCCUGUGCUGAACACCUCCUGGCAGUGCACUGUUCAUCGGUUGCCCUUGGUACAUCACAUGAAACUAAUCAUGUUAAAAGAUGCCCACUUUGAUAACCAAACAUAUCUGGCGGUUGAUUGCGAUGACCAGCGUUUGCAAUACAUGGAUCAGAUAAGCGCGUGGGCUAACGGAUCAAAAGCCUUCUCUUACACUGAUGAGGCCGGAGUGCCGAUUGGUGGGCAAAGUGGGCCCCAAUAUCUACUAUUACAAACACAUUACCACAAUCUGGCGCUUACACGCGGCCUACGAGACAGCUCAGGUCUGCGUAUCCACGUGGUCAGUCAACUACGGCAAUAUGACGCCGGGCUGCUUAAAAUUGGAAUGGACGAUUUUGGUCAAUUUGCUGCCCUCCCCGGCAACCGGUCGUCAGUAGACCUGUCCGUAUACAUGAGCGCCGAGUGCUCGACACAGGCGCUGCCCCCACACGGCAUCACUGUAUUCGCUCAGCAGUUUCAUACACACCAACGCCGUACGCGUGUCCGCACCCAACACGUACGCCAGGGUCGGGAACUGAGCUUGGUCAAUCGCGAUGAACAUUGCAACUUUGAAUACCUGGAUAUUAUGCAUUUAAAACACACGGUAAAUGUGCUGCCCGGCGAUGCGCUCGUACACACCUGUAGUUAUGAUACAACC